GUACCGUCCAAGUCACGUGGUGGUCAGAUAUCAGUCAAGGCCUAUGCCGGCAUGAUCCACAAGCACUACGACCAGAUCAAGGUGAAGGACGCCGAGGAGGUGAUCAUGGAGGACUACUGGCACGACGUCUUCUACUUCGAUCCGGCCGAACAGGAGGAGCUCCGGAAUGAGAAUGUGGACUUCGAAACCUACACCAAGGAGAUUCUACAUGCGGAAGAGCCGGAGCCUGGGGAAGACGCGGCAAUGGUUCCUGGGCACUACGGAGUGACCCGUGCCAUGAUCGAGGCCGAGGGCAAGUACGUUCUCAAUGACGGAAUGGUGGCGGUGGUGCAACACAAUGCCGGAAUGCUACCGACACCGGGGCCGGAGGAAGAGCACGGAAGUUUUCCCUGGAGGUCAAGCUGGACAAUAGCCGUGGAUGGCUCCUGGCAGUGUCUUGAAGACGAAGUACGAUGGCAAGAGCUACCAGCUUCAGGACGACCUCUACAAGUACCAGGCAACGUCGUGACGAUUUACCGGAAGCGGCUGGAUGGAAGGAAGGAGAAGCGGGCCAAUCACUUUCCCGGCAUGGGUCAAGUGACGCUGCAGCGCAUGGUCAUGAGGGCCCAUGAAGGCCUCGGACAUCCGGAGCCCGGCCGGUUCCUCCGGAUCCUAAGACACAGUGGCGUAAGCCAGGAAGCCCUCGAGAUCGCCAAGGAGCUGAAAUGUUCAGUUUGCGAGGCCUAUAAGGUACCAGCGCCGGUUCGCCAAGGAGCACCACCCAGGGAGGACCUCUUCAUCAAUGACUUGGUGGGAGUGGACACCGUGCACCUUCGAAAUCACAAGAACCAGACGGUGCCGGCCUUGAACAUCAUUGACUGGCAUUCCCAUUUUCAGUUGGUGGUGCCUAUGGCGGCGGAGACGGCCGCAGAAACCCGGAAUGCCUACCGGCAAUGGGUUAGGUUCUUCGGACCCCCAAGGAAACUUAUGAUCGACCUCGGCGGGGAGUUCAAGGCGGAGUUCAGGAAGCAGGUGGAGAAUGACGGCUCGGAGGUCAUUCCAGGUCCGUUAGAGGCCCCGACCCAACGAGGCCUCACCGAACGAGCUGGAGGCGUUUUCAAGGACAUCCUCUACAAGGCCAUGGCGACCUACGGAUGUGAAAGCUGGCGGGAGUGGAAAGAGUUGGUGGCGGCCUACUACAAGGAGGUGAACAAGAUGAAAUGGUGGCGGAACUUCAACACGUCG